AUGAGCUUGGCUCCCACGAGGAACGUCCUCAAGCUUGAAUGGAUCAAUAUAAAUAGUGGUGGAUAUCUCGCUCUGAGCUAUGCUUGGGGCUCGCCGAUACCAGAUCCGGAACGAUAUAUGUUCAUUAGAGGCAUUAACAGCAUUCAAGGCUGUGUGCCACUGACAUACAAUCUUGACAACGCUCUUCGUGACCUUCAAGAUACUGAAAUUGUGCCAAAAGGUUUCUUCAUCGAUCAAAUUUCCAUCAAUCAGAAUGACAACCAAGAGAAGUCAGUACAAGUUGCCGGCAUGGGAAACGUCUACAAGUAUGCCGACAAAGUCAUAACCUAUCUGGGUCCUGCAUAUUGGUCCUUGGAUGAAUAUCUUGAAGUCGUUGGUGGUCUUACCAUGGAUGUCAUCGACCAAAUCACAAGGCGCGACAUGCCUUUUACCACUCUGUUUGAAGUUGCGGAAUUAGAGAUAGAGUCCUUCCGGCAUCUUGAAUGUAUAGUGUACCAGAGUGGGUGGGCACAGCGCCUAUGGAUGUGCCAGGAGAAUUUGCUUAAUAAGAAUAUGAUUUUUCUGAAGGGAUCAACACUCAUCGAGCGGCAAUCCAUGUUUAUGUUCCCAUUGAUUCAAGCCUUGGGUCUUGUCUUUCCUUUGCCAGGAGAAGCAGGCGACUCGUUCAAUCAAGCUAUAAGUAUGGCUGUGUUCUACCAGGAGCUUCAUGACAAACAACUUACACGAUCCUUCUUUUCGCUUGUGAAUACUUUUGGGGCGACUUUGGGUUGCAGUGACCCCAAGGACCGGAUAUAUGGCCUACUGGGUCUGGCAAGAGAUAGCUGGAACAUUAGCCCCGAUUAUGAUGCCGACAACUUGACUGUAUACGCCGAUUUCGCACAAAAGUCGAUCGAGAAGACCCAGACAUUGCGCAUCCCGAAUUAUGCAAAUUCAGAAUCACUCGAAGCAGUACAACCUCCAGUACCAACCAAUUAUCCAUCCUGGCCAAGCUGGAUUCCUGCUUUCCAGGCCUCACUUCCCGAUGCAUGCACAAAUUUGGCAGCUGGCUCAACCGUACCACAAACUCACGUGAAAGUGAGUGACAUGAUUCUAAACGCGACGGGUUUUGAGGUUGCCAGAAUCGAUGUCGUGAUCGGCGUCUUCGACCAAUACGCGUCGCCUUUGACCAUGGUCACUCCCUACGAUAGCCUCUGCAACACUACAACGUUGAUUGAAGCUGCACAGAAGAUCCUAAACAGUAGGAAGAUCGCAAACGCCGAACAGAGACUCUGCCAGACACUGAUGCAGAGUUUUCGAUCACCCGUUGCAGAUCAAAGUGACAGAGACUGGAAUUCUUGUGCAGCAUAUGCAUACAAUGUGGUGCUAGAUGUUAUGCGACAGGCUCGUGAUAAUCGAGAUCCCAAAUCCCCCUUUGCUCCAGUCUCGACGACCCAUCUCCUAGAAGACGAAGCCAAGCUAGCGAACUGCCUGAUUCCCGCUCUAGAAUUGAAAGGGCAAUCACUGUGUAUCACCGCAUGUGGUAUGCCACUCAUGGCUCCUGCUAACGCGCAGAAGGACGAUAUGGUUGCGGUCCUGCUUGGUGGUGGAGAAGCAUAUAUUCUGCGUCCAGGAGACGAAGAUCUACAUUCUAUGGUCGGUCGUGCCUUCGCGUAUGGCUAUAUGAAUGGAGAGACUUUGAUCGACGAUCUAUGGAAGGACAGACUUGCAGACGUCAUUGUGAAGAUCCUCAACCUAGAAUACUACCCUCUUGAGCUUGCGACGACGGGUGAGAAUACUAUUGCUGAGGAAGACCUUCGAAAAGACCUUCAAUCCACAAUGGCCUACCUGAUCGGGUCCAUGUAUGUACCAAGGUCGACUUACGUCUUCGGUCAUGGGACCGAGGAAGGAACAGCAGAGACUCAUGCAGGUGCACGAACCUUUCUCGCGGCAACGCCUACAUCCCGCAAAGAAGUCAUCCGUCGUGCUGUACAAGAAGGACCAUUCGAUGUUCACGUAAACACCUUCUGGCGCACAAACUGGUGGCACACAAUCGAAACCCUGAUCAGCAACAAACUCAUUCCUCCUCCUCCGUGGCACGCAAAGCAGCGAACAUUCAGCAUACGUUGA